AUGGACAAACUCUCCGGUCUCGCCUCCAAGCUUGGCGGAAGCCACUCCGCAUCCGGAAACCAGACUCAGGCACAGCCUCAGGGCCAGCAGGAGGAUUACCUCGAUAAGGGUCUCGACUCGGUUGAACAGCGCUUCGGCGGCGGGAAGAUCGAUUCCGCGAAGAUGCGGUCGACGAAUGAGAAGAUCACUGAUGGUGCGAGGGAGCAGUUCGAGAAGGCUACCGGGCGCAAGGUUCCCGAGAAGUUCUCUAAUUGA